UCAACAGGAAAGGGUAAACUCACAGCUUGGGAAGACGCAAAGCUUAACAACCGACUUCUGAGCUUAUAUUUCCGUCUAAUCAACUAUUAUUUGGUGUAUGCGGAUCAACUGUCUUGCGAAAGUGACUGCAGUGCACGUUAUUCUGGGAUAUAUGUCAACUUGGCAUCAUUGUAAGCUGCUGAGCAUGAACGUGUGUUAGCAUAUUCGCUAAUACUAGCGAGCAUGAACUACACUAAUUGAACCUGUAUUCAGGAGAAAUUGUGGUGUUGAAUAUUUGAAUUGCCUAUAAACUGAGAUGGCUGACGACGGAAGGCGAGGAGAUGAUGAAGACCGCGGUCCUGGAGCCGCUUACCAAAUGUUCGUGGUCAUGGAGGACUUACUUGACAAGCUAAAGGUAUUGAAUUACGAAGACGAGGUCCUGGCCAAACACAACAUGAAAGCCUUGUCGAGACAUUAUUUUGCUUCAAGCCCGUACACGCCGUCCAACCCCGGCGAACAGUUCUAUAUGUUUACCGUCAUUGCUGCGUGGCUUAUCAACGUCGCUGGCAGACCCUUCGAAAAUCCGCAUGAACAUGACGACCCCAACGCCACUGUGUCCAACAUCCUGUCUCACCUACGCGCUCUAGGAGGCCAGGUGGAUUUCCCUCCAGCCAAGCUGAAGUCUGGUUCUGGAGAACACGUGUGCUGCGUUCUGGACCAGCUGGUGGAAGAGGCACUCAAACGCAAAGGCUUCAGCUGGAAGAAGCCAAUCUAUCCAUCAGAAGAGCAGGAGGAAGAGUGUGUGAUGGAGGACGAUGCUGAGUUGACACUCAACAAAGUGGAGGAGGAGAUGGCUGAGGAUGCUGACGAGUUUGAGGAGGAGAACGUUCUGGACCUCGAGGCCUUGAAGGCGCGCUCCACCCAGAGCGAGGGCACCAUGUCCAAGCCAGAGAUGAUUCUGGAAUCGCAGAUAGACGCGGCAGAGUGGAACCUGGAGGUGGAGAGGGUCUUGCCGCAGCUGAAGGUCACCAUACGCACCGACAACAAAGACUGGCGGGUGCACGUGGACCAGAUCCACCAGCACCAGUCCGGAAUCAAGAACUCCCUCAAAGACGCCAAGGUCUACCUGGACAAGCUGCAGGAGGACGUGAGCAAGACCCUGGAGAAGGUCUCCAGCCGGGAGAAGUACCUCAACACCCAGCUGGAGCCUCUGAUCGCCGAGUACCGCACCGCCCAGUCGCAGCUCAGCCAGGCCAGGGAGCUCUACCAGCAGGGCAGCGGCGGCGUCACCGAGAGAACCAGGACCUUGGCGGAGAUCAGCGAGGAGCUGGAGAAGGUGAAGCAGGAGAUGGAGGAGAAGGGAAGCAGCAUGUCGGACGGAGCGCCCGUGGUGCGGAUCAGACAGAGCCUCACCAAGCUGCGGCAGGAGAUCCAGCAGAUGGACGUGAGGAUGGGGGUGGUGGAGCACACCCUCCUGCAAGCACGGCUCAGUCACAAGAAUAACAUGACCAGGGACAUGCACGCCACAAACACGCACACCGACUCGCACACCCACAUCUACUGACACGUAUAGAAAUAUGAACUCAGGUCCAGCAAGUUGAUGACCCUAUAAACGCACGCAUGCUGUAUGCUUGCUGUACACAUGUGCACACGUACACACACACACACACACACACACACACACACACACACACACACACACACACACACACACACACACACACACACACACAGAGAUAUACACACCUGCUGAAAACACCAGAUCACAUACGUCUUUAAAAAGGGUAAAUGGACAUAUUUUGAUAUUAAAUGUUCACUUUUAGUAUUUUAUACUUCUUAAAACAACGCCAGUACAUUCUCAGUAACUCAAGAUCCACAAUAUAUGGCAUACACACACACACACCUCCUAUGCGCCUGUACAUAAACAUAGAGAGAUGCAGACAGCAGUUCAGACACAUAUUAACAUGUCAUAAUACAUGUGGACCCAUUUAGAUUUUUGCAUAUUUGUUACACAGGUGUGAAUAAAAGUUGUAUUUAGAAAUAAUAA